AAUCAUUGUUCCUGAAACAGAAACUCGGAGCAGGGCAACAAGAAGAAAUGGCCACUCCUCCAGCAAAUACACCCCAGGGUCUGCUAACAUUUGGGGAUGUGGCUUUGGACUUCUCCCAGGAGGAGUGGGAAUGCCUGGACUCUUCUCAGAGGGCUUUGUACAUUGAUGUGAUGUUGGAGAAUUACACCAACCUGGUCUCUGUGGAGAACCAUGGCAUGCGCGGUAAACCCAAGAAGGUCUUGAAUCAAGGCUCAAACCAUAAUGUCCGUCAGCGUGGGAAUACCCAAGAGAAUUCUUCCAAAUCUAAUCAGCUUGGCAAAACAGGUCAUGAACCCUCCCAGUGUAUACCUCGUCACACAAGUGAUACUGCAAAAAAAGGCAACUGUACAUGUGGUAACCAAGGGAAUGCCUCUACUGAAUUGUCGGACCUAAACAGACAUAAAAAUGUGCGCACUGGAAAAGACCCUUCCAAAUAUAAAGACUGUGGCCAGUGCGUAUGUUCUGAUAUUAGUCUAAAUGAGAGUACCCACACCAUAAACGUAGAGCAUGGGUAUGCAGAAAGUGAUAAAGUUUUGAGUUCUGCACAUGGACCUGAGCAGCGAAGAAUUAAUAGUGGAGAGAAACCACACAAUUGUGGGAAAUGCUUAGGGAGCUGCUCAAGUCUCUGUACACAGGAGAAACUUCAAACUGGAGAGAAACCAUGGAAAUGUAAAGAAUGUGGUAAGUGCUUUAAGUGGUUAUCUCACCUUAAAACCCACUGCAGAAUGCAUACUGGGGAGAAACCUUACAAGUGUAAUCAGUGUGAUAAGGGCUUUACUCGGUUAUCUAGACUUAGAAACCAUUACAGAAUCCAUACUGGAGAGAAACCUUACAAAUGUGAGGACUGUGAUAAAUGCUUUUCUCGAGGAUCUAGACUUAAAAACCAUUGCAGAAUCCAUACUGGAGAGAAACCUUACAAAUGUAAGGAAUGUGGCAAAGCCUUUGCCCACUGCACAGGUCUUAGUACGCAUCAGAAAAUCCAUACUGGGGAGAAAUCCCACAAAUGCAAAGACUGUGGUAAAGCCUUUUAUCUGUUGUCAACACUUAAGGAUCAUCUCAGAGUCCACACUAGAGAGAAGCCUUACAAGUGCAAAGAAUGUGGCAAGUUCUUCCAUUGGUUGUCGGGCCUUAAAAACCACCACAGAAUCCAUACUGGGGAGACACCUUACAAAUGUGGGGAAUGUGACAAAUCAUUUUCUCAUUUGUCAAGACUUAAAAUCCAUUGUAGAACCCAUACCAGAGAGAAACCUUCCAAAUGUGCAAAAUGCAACAAAUGCUUUACCCGAUGCACAGCUCUUAAAAGACACCUGAGAAUUCACAAUGAAGAAAAACCUUACAAAUGUGAAGAGUGCAGCAAAAGUUUUUACGUGCUGUCACACCUUAAAAGCCAUUGUAAAACCCACACUGGAGAGAGACCUUACAAAUGUGAGGAGUGUGGUAAGUGCUUUUCUCAGCUGGCAAAACUUAAAAACCAUCACAGAAUUCAUACUGGAGAGAAACCUUACAAGUGUCAGAUAUGCGACAAAUCCUUUACCCACUGCACAGCUCUUAGUACACAUCUGAAAAUUCAUACAGGGGAGAAACCGUAUUCAUGCAAAGACUGUGGUAAAUGCUUUUAUUUGUUGUCAAGACUUAAGGAACAUUACAGAGUCCACACUGGAGAGAAACCGUACAAGUGUAACGAAUGUGGUAAGUUCUUUCAUUGGUUGUCAAACCUUAAAAGACAUUCGAGAAUUCACACUGGAGAGAAACCUUACAAAUGUGAAGAAUGUGACAAAUCCUUUACCCACUGCUCUAGUCUUAAAGCUCAUCAGAAAAUUCAUGCCGGGGUGAAACCCUACCAAUGUGAAAAGUGUGGCAAGUCCUUUUACUGGUUGUCAAACCUUAAAACCCAUUCAAGAAUCCACACUGGAGAGAAACCUUACAAAUGUGGAGAAUGUGACAAAUCCUUUACCCAGCGCUCUCUUCUUACAAAGCACACCAGGAUCCAUACUGGAGAAAAACACGAGCAUAAGAAACUUUCGAGAGCUCCUAAUGAAUGAUUAAAUCAUAAAAAUACUGAGAGUUUAUACUGAAGAAAAAUUCUUCAGAUGUAACAAAUAUAAAAAUAAUUCAUAAAAACAUUUUACUUGUUCAACCUCAAAAAAAAAAUUCGUGAGGACAAAUUGUAAUGAAAAAAUUCAUACCAGAAAGAAACUACUUGAAUGUUCACUGUUAUGAAAUUCUCAUGUCUUGUACAUUAGGAAUUACAUGUCCUGUAAUUCCAUACUAGAGAGCCCCAGAACUGUAUUGAAUUUGUCAAAGUUUUUACCCAGUGUUAAAAUUGUAGACACAUCUGAAAAUUCAUUCUGAAGGGAAAACCCGGAAAAACUUUAAUAAGGACUCAUCUUUUAUUCACUUUCAAAAUAGUCACUCUGGAGUCAAGCCCUACAAAUAGCAAGAGCAUUAAAGAUGUAACCUGUGGAUGUGACACAUGUACAUGCACAGCGAGGAAAUCCCAAAGAAUGUGCAGGAAAAUAAUUUUUUAGUACUCAAGAAAUGUAUUCCACUGGAAAGCACAGUGAUUCAUGAAGAAACACUAAGACACGAUAGACAUUAGACAAGUGUGCUACAAAGAAGAAAACCAAAUGAAUGAAUGUGUCCUGUAUUUAAGUGGAAGAGAAUAUUUCUAUAUGAAUAAAUGUAAUAUUAUUCUUACUGACAUUUUUGAUAAUACUAGUACUGGAAUUUGCAGAAACGUAAACACAGUGGUUUAAACUCAGAUACAUCCAUGCUGUGUUGCUUACAAGUGAGUUUAUGAUAAUGCGUGUAUCAGUGAGUUUAUGAUAAUGCGUGUAUCAGUUGUUGCUGCAUCAGGUCUGAUGAACCUGAGAUCAGGUGUCAGGGAAGUUAGAUAGUUAGGGCCUGGUCACUAACAAUCUGUGAACUCAAAUAAAAUGGACAGACUCCUGAGGGCAGGUUCAGAAAGUCCUUGGGUCAAAGUUCUUCAUGCAGAUGCUGCACAGACGAAGGCCCCUCUGCUUGAUGACAUUUUGGCAGCUAUACUUGUUCAUGACAGUGUUCUGGUGCCAGGGAGAAUUCUGUAAUUGUGUGCCUGUGAAGACUACUUUGUUUUUUUUUUUUUUAAAAUAAAACACUUUCCCCUGUUAUGGUCACUAUUUAAAACAGCCUUCGCCACCUGAGCAGAAUCCUGUCUUGGAAUCCCUUUGGUUUCCAGAGUUAUUCUUCCCCAACACAUGGUGGUUGAAGUGCCCAGCUCUCGUGGAGCUCAGAUUUCUUUGUAUGUGCAGGAUUCAGAGGUCAGAGCAGGGUACAGAUGCAGCUACUGGCGUUUGCUGUCCACUGCGCCUAGAAAUCUGCUGUGUUUUUGUUCCGUGAAGAGCUAGUAGCCUGAGCAAAUUUCAUUACUGUAACACAGAUGGAGAUGAGCUCUAUUUUGUAGGAGAAAGAAGAAUACACUUACAUGUGAGAUAAGUAUUUUGGGCAAUAGAAAGGGCUAGCUUAACAUUCAGCCAGCAGUGAGCAAUAGGAAGAGAAAAGGUCAAAAGUAUUUUACAGGUCCCUGAAAAAAAAAAAAAAAAAAAAAAUGGCAAACCCAUGGGAUUAGUGAUUUCUAGCUGGAUGUCCUCAAUGAAAUGUAUGUGGAAAAAUAGAGAUAUCAGGAAAAUAAAAUCUAAUCUUAGAGAAUAUAUAGUUGCGUUGAACAGUGCCACACAUUUGCCUUCUUUGAAAAUAGUGAAUAAUAACUGUGAGUGAUCUUAGUAAAGUAACGCCCCUCCUAUUGUAAUCUGCAUUUUAUUAUUUUUUUUUUUUGUAAAACCAUGUGUAUUUUUGAAAUGUUCUACAACUCUUGUGUAAGGUGAUAUUUUUAAAUAAAUAAAAUGUGUGCUUAAUGGC